AAACACAAAACAUAUCGAUAAGUACGGAUGGACAUUUCUACGCAAAGAUUUGCCAUGAACGGAAGAAGUAUGAGACUACCUCCUGGGUUUCGGUUCGAUCCGGAUGAUGAAGAUCUUGUUUUCGAGUAUCUAGCCAAGAAGGUCCUCCACGGUCCGAUGGACUUCGACCUCCCUGAGCUCCGUUCUUGCAAUGUUGAUCCUUGGGACUUGCUAGGAGAUAAGAACACGGAAAUGUAUUACUUUGUGAAGAAGGAAGAGAUAGAGAAGAAAGGAAGAGAGACGUUAUCCGGUUACUGGGAAGAGUGUGAAGAAGAGGAAGUAAUGGAAUCUGGAGAUCGUGGUUGUAAUCAUUUAGAAGGAAGGAAAAAGACAUUUGCUUUCUAUAUUGGGAAAAGACCUCGAGGAACAAUAACUCCAUGGAUAAUGUACGAGUUUCGGCUUCUUUCCUCUAGGGCUACACGGUGGUCAUCGUCCUCUCUGCCUCGCGGUGCGGUAGAGAACUGGAGAGCGGUGAAGGUGAUCGUAAAGGAAGAGAAUGAGGAGGAGAUCGAGGAGGAGGAGCAGGCGUCGGAUGAGUCAGAUGGCGAAGAGGUUGUUCAAAGCCGGUGACGACCGAUCGAUGUUGAUGCCACGUGUAUUAUGUACGCAAAUGGUUUUGUAAGUGGCAAAUCAUUUGAGUUUAGUUAGUAACUUGGUACUGAUCAAUAUAGGGAAGUAUCUAGAUGAAAAUGAGGCUGCUUAAUUUGUCUUAUUGGCUUCCAAGCCUUUUGGAAUGUAAUAGAGGAUGUGUUGCCACAUGUGGCUUUGACUCUCCCGUCUUAUUUAUCUUCUCCCAAAUAUAUAUUUAAUUAUCUAUUAUCCU